AUGUUUUCCAACCUUCAAAUCCGGCCCGCCAAACCCGAACGUCGGAAGCCUAAUUUAACUAUCCGAGCGGGCAUCUCAAAGCGCCGAGUGUCAUACGUUUCCGCCUUGAGCGCGAGCAGGGUGCCGUCGCUGAGCUUCAUGGAGGGAUUGUUUGGCGACGAAUUUCCGGAAGCUUUUGGUAGCGGUGAAGGAACAUCGGCAAAGAGCCGGAAAACUAUUUUGGACCUACCAGCUGAGCUGCUUGAUUUGGUGUGCGCACACAUCUCAAAACCAGACAUCAAGCACCUGCGACUUGCUAGUAAGCAGCUAGCUAACAGCGUCUACCUUCGCAUCGACCGCGUCUACGUUUCGCCAAAUCGAGCCAAUAUCGACUAUCUCUACCAGAUCUUGUCUCAUCCUAGGUAUAAGUAUCGUGUCCACGAGAUUGUCUGGGAUGAUACACGCCUUGAAGAGUACUCAACGCUAAGCAGCUUCCGUGAUGCAAUCCUGUUUGAUGAAAGAGAGUUUACGAGAUCGAUUGAGAGUCGACUAGAAGAAGCCAUAUGGAUCUACGGUGAUGACAAUCCUGAAUAUCAUGCGCUCGAGCACGACGAUCUUUUCGAGAGCAAUGGGCGGCUGACUGAGGUUGCGAAAGAAAUCCUCUUACGGUACGAUGAUCAAUUCUCAAGAGAGGUUCUUGCUCGAAAUGCAACCAUGAUGGACAUUGAAGAUAGCUACUCUCUGUACCAAGAUCUGUAUCGGGAGGAACAAGCGAUCAUGGACCAAGAAGCAGAUAUCAAUGCACUCGAGCAAGCCUUGAUGGGGUUUACAGCGCUCAAUAGAGUCACAUAUACAACCGAAAUCUGGCGCUCGUGUGCCUUUCCUCACCUAUACAACACGCCAUUUCAUCGAUCGCUACCCGUGGGAUUUCGCAAACCACAAAUCAGAAAUGUGUGUCGUGCGCAUUUUCGCCCAAGCGAAGCCCAUGACAGUCCUAUGAGGACGACUGUCCGUAGCAGUCGAACAUCAAGGUACUCUGGGGGUUAUUCCCACUUGGUCUCUGCUAUACUCGACAUGCCAAAUCCAGGCAUUGAGGAAUUUGUUGUCGAAACGGAAAACGAGGCCAUGAUUCCCUACAAAGACGAGUUUUCUCUAAACAGAAGGGACAUUGAUAACACCAGAAACAUGUUUCGAAAAAUCGCACUGAAAUAUCUCAAGUUUCCUAUUACUUAUGAAGAGGAUACACGAGCAGAUUCGACUCCUCACAAUAUUUACAACCCCCAGAAUUUCCUCGCAGAACUUCAACAUCUUGAGCAUCUAGAUUUGAACUUGAGCUGCAAUAUGAUAGCACCCAUGUUCGGCUAUGUACCGCGCUUCAUUCCCAUUCCUGAGAACUUGAGACGACAGCUCAAGACCUUGACCCUGCGGCACGUAGUUGCGGAAGACGACGGUCUAUUUGGCCUCGUUACCUCAAUGCCAAACUUACAGCACGUCACACUGUACCGACUAUACCAAGGGAACGAACGACCCGGUUGGGCUUCGCUCUUCCAGCGCCUAAAGACAUAUUACAGCACCACAGACCACCCAAUUAAGCCCAGUUUUGUCAUUUUUCAGCCACUUGACCCCGACACGAUCAAUUUGCAACUCGUGGACCAAGAAGUAGACAAUUACUUAUAUGGCAAUGGCGAGAAUCCUUUUAUGGAAACCGGAGUCCAGACGCUUGCUCGGCUAAAGCAGCAUAUGGGGUGGAGAGUUGAUCCGAGAGAUGAGACUGUGAGGGAGACGAUGAGUGAUUUUUGUGCAAGGACGGAAAUGCACGAGUGGGAUUGUAGCACGUAG